GAGCGGUCAGCCGCGACUUGUGCAAAGAAGGUUCGGCUUAGCUGUUCGCACAGGAUGUCGAGAAGACUUACUCCAGUGAUGAUACGGUUGGCUAGACCCCUGCGCAGGUCCAUCAAGUUUGAACAAACGAGCAGUGUGACGGCCGAGACUGGAGGGAUUUGGUAGAGGAUGACGGCUAGUGCUGCGCCGCGAGAAGUGCUCAAAUUGGGGGGUCGUAUGGACCGAGACGCAUGCUCUGACCUUGGGCGUUGAGUGGGUGCAGGUGGCGGCUGUCAGUCGUCCGCACACACGCACUCGAGGUGCAGAGGACGGGGACAAUCGAACGGUCUUGGCACUGGUUUUGGCACUGAAGAUUUCUUUUCCGCGUGUAACGCGAGGGCUUUGGAGGAUUUACACAGUGGCAUACAUCUCGUUCCGAAACGAACAUCGCUCCAUGUCUCCAAAGAAAAAGAAUCAAGCUGCUGAAUACUCGCACAUCUUCGCCACCUUCGAUACUCGCGCGCUAGCAAAAUCAUGCACCCUUUUCCAGACGCAAGCCGCAAUCCACGAGCCGACAAGACGAAUCUCAGUCUACGAUCUCGCAUGCACCAUUCCGCGACUCUACGUAGUAUCUCAAACUCCUAUCCCAUCUCGGCACCGUGUGCGGACGUCCGCCUGCCGCACGUCCACCACUCUUUUCCAUUCUCUUGACUACACACCUUACCCAAGAUAAUGAUCACAUCAUGUCUUGAUCCCCGCACCUUCGAAAUCUUGACGUCUCUCACCCCAUGUCUUUCAAACACCCUUUUCCUUCCAUUGUCCAUUUG